GGCGCAGCGGGAGAGUAGGCGCCCCUCCCGCGAACUACGACUCCCAUGGUGCUUUGCCGGCGGGCGGCCGGGCCGGCUUCCGGUGGCGCGUGGUUUCCGGAGUGGAUCGGAACCUGGAGUCCGGAUUCGAUCCGGGUCGGAACAUUCCAAAAGCAGGUUUCAGAAAUGGCAGAAGAUGGCAGCAAUGAGACCAUGUUUAUUUGGUGUGAGGAUUGUGGUCAGUACCAUGAUUCGGAGUGUCCUGAGCUGGGCCCAGUGGUGACAGUCAAAGACUCCUUUGUGUUGAGCAGGGCAAGGUCAUCCCUUCCUUCCAAUCUGGAGAUCAGACAACUGCAAGAUGGGACUGAAGGAGUAUUUGCAGUGACGCAGCUUGUCAAACGUACCCAGUUUGGCCCAUUUGAAUCCAAGAGAGUUGCCAAACUGGAAAAGGAGUCAGCAUUUCCACUGAAGGUUUUCCAGAAGGAUGGGCCUCUGGUUUAUUUUGAUACCUCUAACGAAGAUGACUGCAAUUGGAUGAUGAUGGUGAGAGCAGCCACUGAAUAUGAACACCAGAACCUGACUGCCUUCCAGCAUGACAAUGAUAUUUACUUCACCACCUCCCGGGAUAUCCCACCAGGAACUGAGCUGCGAGUGUGGUAUGCAGCUUUUUACGCCAAAAAAAUGGAAAAGCCAGUGCUGAAGCAGGUCACUAGUGUUGCCAAUGAUGUAUGCUUAGUAGUGAUGGAAUGCGACAAGGAAGGGAACAAAAUCUCUUCAAAGCCUCCCAGUGCAGUCUUCUCUCUUAAAAAAAUCAAGAAGUCCAGUGUGCCUGUGGCUGACUUUGCAGUGAGCGCUCCAGAGAGUAGUGGGCCCCUUGAAGCGGAGUCCAACCAGUGGAUAUGUAAAGUGUGUUCAUCUGUUUUCCCAGAACCUCAGUUGCUGACAGAACAUCUGUUGAGUCACCUGGAACAAGCCAAAGGAGUCCCCCAGACAAGCCAAAAUGAUGCAACUCCAGAGACGCCUGCAGAGGCUCCCAUUGCUGAUCAGCCUGUAACUGGUGAAGGUACUAGUGCCAACGUAGACUCCAGGAGGACUCCACGAAGGGGAAGAAAGCCCAAAGCUGCAAAAGCAGAAACACCUCUUGUCAUUGCUGAAGAUAAAGACCCAGCAGUGGAUCAAGUAGCUGAAAUUAUAACAGAGAUCCCACCUGAUGAGGCAGCCCUUCCCUCUGCAGCGGAAGAGAGGAUUAUGGAACUGGUUUUAGGAAAGCUGCCAAGCACCACAAACAACAUCAGUUCAGUAACAAAUAGGUUUGCUCAUCACCAAAACACCAUGUCCCUCAAAAGAAGUUUAAUUCUCUCCAGUAGACAUGGAAUACGUCGAAAGCUGAUAAAGCAACUUGGGGAACACAAACGGGUAUAUCAGUGCAACAUCUGCAGUAAGAUCUUCCAGAACAGCAGCAACCUCAGCAGGCACAUCCGGUCUCAUGGUGACAAACUGUUUAAAUGUGAGGAAUGUGCAAAGCUGUUCAGCCGUAAAGAGAGCUUGAAGCAGCAUGUUUCCUAUAAACACAGCAGGAAUGAGGUCGACAGCGACUACAGGUACAAGUGUGCUACAUGUGAAAAGGCCUUUCGGAUAGAGAGUGCAUUGGAAUUCCACAAUUGCAGAACAGAUGACAAGACAUUCCAGUGUGAGAUGUGUUUCAGGUUCUUUUCCACGAAUAGUAACCUCUCAAAACACAAGAAGAAGCACGGGGAUAAGAAAUUUGCAUGUGAAAUCUGCAAUAAAAUGUUCUACCGGAAGGACGUCAUGUUGGAUCAUCAAAGGAGACACUUGGAAGGGGUGAGGCGUGUGAAAAGAGAAGACUUUGAGCACAGCACAGAGAACAUGGUGCGCUACAAGAAGGAACCCUCGGGAUGCCCUGUAUGUGGGAAGGUAUUUUCAUGCAGGAGCAAUAUGAACAAACACCUCCUGACACACGGAGACAAGAAAUACACCUGUGAAAUCUGUGGACGUAAAUUUUUUAGAGUGGACGUUCUUAGAGAUCAUAUUCACGUCCAUUUUAAGGACAUUGCGCUAAUGGAUGACCACCAGAGGGAAGAGUUCAUUGGUAAAAUCGGAAUCUCAUCAGAGGAAAACGAUGACAACUCUGAUGAAAGUGCAGAUUCUGAGCCUCACAAGUAUAGCUGCAAAAGGUGCCAGUUAACCUUUGGCAGAGGGAAGGAGUACCUAAAACACAUAAUGGAGGUUCACAAGGAGAAAGGCUAUGGCUGUAGCAUCUGUAAUCGACGAUUCGCCUUGAAGGCAACUUACCAUGCUCACAUGGUCAUUCACCGGGAGAAUCUGCCUGAUCCCAAUGUGCAGAAAUACAUCCACCCAUGUGAAAUUUGUGGAAGGAUUUUUAACAGCAUCGGGAAUUUGGAACGACAUAAACUUAUACACACAGGUGUAAAAAGUCAUGCGUGUGAGCAGUGUGGAAAGUCAUUUGCCAGAAAGGACAUGUUAAAAGAGCACAUGAGAGUCCACGAUAACAUCCGAGAAUACCUGUGUGCGGAAUGUGGUAAAGUUACAUCUUCAUGGCUCACAGGAAUGAAGACAAAACAUGCUCUGCGUCACCACAUGAAACUCCACAAAGGGAUUAAGGAAUAUGAAUGCAAGGAAUGCCAUCGUAAAUUCGCACAGAAGGUCAACAUGCUGAAGCACUACAAAAGGCACACAGGGAUCAAAGAUUUUAUGUGUGAGCUCUGUGGGAAGACAUUUAGUGAGAGAAACACAAUGGAGACCCAUAAACUGAUUCAUACAGUGGGGAAACAGUGGACGUGUUCAGUCUGUGAUAAGAAGUACGUCACCGAUUACAUGCUUCAGAAGCACAUCCAGCUAACUCACGAUAAAGUAGAAGCUCAGAGUUGUCAGCUCUGUGGGACAAAGGUUUCUACCAGAGCUUCAAUGAGUCGACACAUGAGGCGCAAACAUCCAGAGGUUCUUUCAGUUAGAAUUGACGAUUUAGAGCAGCUCCCAGAAGCUACCACCAUUGAUGCCUCCUCUAUUGGGAUUGUUCAGCCUGAGUUAACCCUGGAACAGGGAGAGUUACCCGAAGGCAAGCAUAUGAAAGCUCCUAAACGUGGCCAUAAGCGAAAGCAGAAGCCGGGCGAAGAGGAGGAAGCGCAAGUGCCUGAGGACCCUGCCUUCAAUGAAUACACAGAGAAAGAAGCUGAAUUCACUGGGAACGUGGGAGAUGAAACCAAUUCAGCUGUACAAAGUAUUCAGCAGGUGGUGGUGACCCUUGGAGACCCAAACGUCACGGCCCCUUCUAGUUCUGUUGGGUUGACAAAUAUUACCGUCACCCCAAUUACCACGGCAGCUGGAACCCAAUUUACAAACCUCCAGCCGGUGGCUGUGGGCCACCUUACUGCUCCUGAACGCCAGUUACAGCUCGACAAUUCAAUUCUUACUGUGACAUUUGACACUGUCAGUGGUUCUGCCAUGCUGCACAAUCGCCAAAACGAUAUUCAGAUACAGCCACAGCCAGAGGCAGCCAAUCCCCAGUCUGUGGCGCAUUUUAUAAACCUGACAACCCUGGUGAACUCCAUUGCUCCUCUAGGGAACCAGAUCACAGAGCAGCAUCCGUUGACAUGGAGGGCAGUGCCUCAGACUGAUGUCCUGCAGCCCCAAUCGCAGCAAACACAACAGCAGUCAGGACAGCAGCAAGUUCAAACAGAGCAGCAACAGCAGAUGUACAGCUACUGAUUUAUACUUGAAAAGACUUGAAAUGGACUGGACUAUGAGACAGUUUAAAAAAAAGUGGAAAACUAUACGUGAAUUGUUUGCUGGAUACCAAACAGAGCUGGAAAAAUGUUUAUACAAUGAAAUGUAAACUAAAAUUGGCAUAGCACCCUGCAACGCUGUGGUCUUGAAAUUCGCACACUAUUUCUAAACACAGCACCAUCUAGAAGUCUCGUUCUAAAUUCAGCACCCUUGUGUGGUGGUGUGUUUUGUGCAGUGAUGGUUCUGGGUUUUGACAACAGCAUUACAAUAGACCUUACACAAAGAGAGGAAAUCACAAAUAGUAAAUAUGACUAACCCUUCAGCCAUACAAUUUAAUCGUUUUCCAAGCUGGAGGGAAUGUAUACAGUGAGCUGGGGUUCACUGGUUGUCACCUUCUAGAAACUGAAAUGUAAAGAUAUAAUUGAGCCCCCCAAAAAAGGAUUGAUUUGUUUUUUUCAUCCUUAGACGCUCUUGUAUCUAACAGAACAUCUGGUAAAGUAAGGGUGAGGGUUUGGGACUGGAAGUAGGGUCUAUGGGGUGAAAGAAAAUGUACCCAAUUUCACAAAGUAUUUCCAUUGUAGUGAUGGAAAAAUCUUUUAUGAGUAAAACAUGUCAGUGCUACCUGAAGCAAAUAGCCAGUCUAAUGUUAAAACAACUUUUACGGUCUUCUAGUAAAGUUAAGUUUGAAUCAAACCGGUUAUGAGCUGAAACCAUAAUGUGAUAAGAUUUUACGUAAUUUUGUUAAAAUUGCUCUUUCAAUAUUGCUUUUAGCUAGGAGGCCUGAAGAGCAAUCAUUCCCCUUUGAUCAAGUUCAGGAUGUGAAUUACCAAUUAGUCUUCUUUCAUCAUGUAAUAAACAUUUGAGAAAGUAAUUUUUUAUAUAACCUUUGUAUUUCACUGUGUGUUCUUGGUGGAUAUUGACGUAUCAACGGCUGGUCUGACUUGGUUCCAUGUAUCUUUUCAUCUCCUUAUUCUUCUGCAUGGCAGAAUUAGUGUGUGGAUUUUGCUUGUAGAACUUCCAAAUCCCAUAGCCAUCCACUGGCUGUCAUGAAGUCAUAAAGUGCAAUAUCUAACAUUCAUGUAUACUGCCACAAGGAGGCAGUCUGAGCCAAUGGAUAUAGGCCUGCCUGGCUAUACGGGAAAUGAAGGACAGAUGCACCCAUCUCUGCUGAGACUGCCAUUUCCAAUGCCUGAUGAGCUGUAUCCUCCAUAUCUUCUGUUGGUACCAUGCACAGUCUGGAUUGUUGCAUAUCAAAAUGAAGAUGAUAUCCUCUCGCACAAAGGACAAAGCCCUGCUUUUCUCAAAGAGCAGUGAGCAGUAAAAGUUGCUCUCUGCCACUGGACACCUGAAAGGCAAAACUUCCAAACCACCAAUGGAUGAAGAAAAAGUUCCUUUCCUGCAUUACAAACAGAGGCACUCAAACUUGCUAAGAGGGAUUUUCCUUGAUACGGCAAUUGCCGCACUUCACAAUGGAUACAGACUGAUGUAAAUGAAAAGCCUGUCUGUGCCUAACACAUUAAUGGAAAUGUUCAGUUUGUAAACAAAAACGUGAUGAGGAAUGAGUUAAACUUGAAAGUGUGUAUCAGCAAUAUCUACCUCACCCCUAGAGAAUGAAUUAUAAUAUCCACAGAAAAAUCAUUCUACUUAGAGACAAAAACAGAUCCCUCAGAAGUAUGAAUGCCUGGAAACGAAUAGCUAAAGGAUGUGCACCCACUUUGCUCAUUAUUAAUUAUUUGUAUUGUAGCAUUGUCCAGAGGCCUGAAAUAGGAGCGGGACCCCAUCGUGCCAAGUUCUGUACAAACAUUCAGCACAGAGUGUCCCUGCCCCAAGGGGCUCACAACAAAAAUAAAAUUCAGAACCAUAUAUUCUUUCUUCAGUUACUAUUGCCCCAUGCAAAUUACUCCUUCCCAUGCAACCUAAAUUAUGCACCCUUGUUGUGGUCUGAAAUAAUAAUGUUAGUGAGAUGAAGAAAUAACAUUCUGUUUAAUUAGAACUAAAGAUUUCAAAACUAACAAAUCCUGCAUCUUGGCAGGGGGCUAGACUAGAUCAGCAUUUCUCAAAUGUGGCCACAGCCUUCUGGGCAAUGAUUGGGUGAGGGGGCAAAGCAGCAGCCUCUCCCCCUCCCCCGCCCCAGUACCCUCCCACGCCCCCAGUAGGGGUUGGGCCCUGUCCUCUGCAGACACAAAUGCUGGAGGAGCAGGCAGCCAGUGAGUUCCCCACUUUCGUGGGGGCAGGUUUCAGCCCUGGAGUGGUGGACGACAGGCUCCAGCUGCGGGGCUCCAGCUGUGCAGUGACGGCCUCCUUCCCCCGGUGCAGUGCUUCAGGCUCUGUCUCCAGGCCCCAUCCGAUAGGUGCGGGGCUUUGGUGACAAGCUCCAGGCUCAGCAGCCCUCCCUCAUCACCCUUGUGUCCCACUGCCUUCUCCAGCUCAGGGCUUCAGUCACACUGUGGCAGGCUCCAGCACUAGGCUCAUCCCCCAUCACCCCUGGCUUUUGCUGCCUCCUCUGGCCCCAGGCUUCAGCCACGCAGCGGUUGUCAGCCACUGGCCCCUGCUGCCUCCCUAUCCACCUCCCCAUCCAGGGCUUAAUUUGUCCCCAGGCUUGCAGGGCCGAAUUUGUCCCCAGGCUUGCAGGGUCUGCAGUGAAAGUGAUAUUUGUAUGUUUGUCAAUAUCACUUUUCAUAACAAACUUAGUAGCUAGCUGGGAGGCUGUGAAAAGAGAUAUUAAUAUACAAGCAUCACUUUUCAUAGCAGCAGGCUGACUAGACUUAAGUCUAAAAUAUAAAAAGCAACCAAAAAAGCAAAAGGGGCAACAAAAAGGACAAGAACAUGCAAAGCACCUUAUUUGUAUUUCUAUUCUGCUCAUACCCAGUAAAGAAUAGAGACAACUGUACAUUAUUUUUAUUAUUGAGUCUGCAAAAAAAACCCAAUCCUACAUUAAAUACGUACACAUGUCCAAAUCAUUGUACAUAUUUGUUUUUCCUAAAGUUAAUUAAGUAUUUUAGGAAAAAUUGACAGAGUGGCCACCAGCAAGAGUUGGUGGUCGCAUUCUGAGGCCACCAAAAAAAUUGUUUUGAGAACCCCUGGACUAGAUGACCCUUGCUGUCCCUUCUAACCUUAUGGUUCUAUGAUUCUAUGCCCCAGGGUACAUUUGCUUAUGUCGGAACUCAGAAUUUUCUGCAAGUGUGUUGUGCUGAUUGAAAGUGGGGUUUUUAUAUAUAGAGAGAGAGAGAGAGAGCGCGCGCACCGGCAAAAACCUUGUGGCUGAGAGAAAACAUUAUGGAGUUACAAAAUAUGUUGAUCUAUGGUGAUGUAAAGUUAACUGGUACAUUUUACCUACAUUUACUAACAAACAUAUGUAUUGCUUUUUAAAAAGUGUACUACAUGUUAGAGCCAUAUCACACUGAAAAUAGACCCCUUGAUAAGGAAAUGUUUGGGGUUUUUUUUCCUUCUUUCAUUUUCCUAGUAAUAUGUAUUUAUGCAAACUGAAGGUUGGGCUAGGAGGUGUAAGUUCAUCAGGUGGCAGUAAAGUAAAAUGAGCAUGAGUGUGUAUUUAGUUUCUUUAAUUUCUCCAGAGCCUUGUAGAUUGGUGUUUCUGCAAUAUAAAUAAUGAGGAAAGUGGCUUCAUCCCUUAACUGUUCAUUUCCAGACUGUCCUAUUUGAGGAUUUUUGAAGCAGAAGCACUAGAAUACAUUUGCAGUGGGACAGGAUAGGCUCUAUUGCUAUAUGCUUUCAAAAUCAACUCAUUCCUACUGAAGUUUGUUGUUUGUGAAUUUCCCUGCUUUUUUUCCUUUAAGUGCCAAAUGUUGAAAUAGGGUUGAUGUUUAUAUGGUUUGCAACAGAGAGAGCCCUGAGACAGAUUUUAUGAGGACCAAUGAAGCAGAGCUUCUUUCCUCCAGAUGUUAGCAAGGCCAUAGAAGGAAAGUUGGGGGUGGGGAAGAGUUCCAUGUGGGUGGGAUCAGGGUGGGCACAGUGGAGGAGAAGGAAAGGCUUUUUAUCUGGGUGAUCAUAUAAUGAAUGUGUGCAUGCCAACCAUUUAUUUGAUCUACUGUAAUCAUAUCAAAAGAAAUGUCUCUUUUGAUCCUCCAGUAGCCUUCCCCUAACCCCAAAAUACUGAAAGGCAUUUCACUGCAGGAGAACAAAAGGCAAAAACACUGAAGUUCCUUGAAGAAAUUAUGAGCUUAAAAAGUAUUAGAAAGUUUUUCAAAAAAUAAACUUCAGCUACAUUUUUGAGAGCACCUCAACUUUAAAACUGUUUUACUUGGGUCAGUAUACUGCAAACAUAACAUUUAUCAGAGCAUUUCUCUUGAUUAUUUUUCACUGAACUUCCCCCCCAAAAAGCCCUGUACCUAGGGUGAGAUGCAACAUAUGGAACUGCAGCACGACUGAUGUCUUUUUGGAGAAGUUGGGGGUGGAGGAUCUUGAAAAUGAGCUGAUCUUGGAGAGCUAGUGUGUGCUGCAGCUUCACAACUAUUCUCCCUGUGAAAACAUGUCCUUUGCAAUGCUACUGUGGUCGGGGUUAUCUCUCAGGAUUGGCCUGCUUUUAACUUUUUUCCACAGAGUUUGUCAAGGAUUUUUCUUUAAUACUUUGGCCCAAUAUGAGGAACUUACUUAUCUGAGCAGUUUCUAUAUCUCCUUUGCUCACGAAAUAUUGUCUUUAGUUCAAAUGAAUACCAAAGUUAUGCCCUUUUGUUUCAAAGUAAAAAUACAAGGGGUGUGUAAUCCAGCACAGAGACAUGCAUUUAUUGAACAAUAUCUUUGCCAGUACAUCACCAGCCUUUUUUGACUAAUGUGAAGUUAUUCCCUGUCUUUUCAGCAGUGAUUUGGGAAUUUUGCACAUUGAUAAUAGCAAAAUAUUGACUUAUUUGGAGCCAAAAUAGCAACAUAUAGCAUUCCAUGUACAUACAAUUGUCUGUUGAUAAAAUAUUUAGUUGAAUGGUGCCUAUGGCACAUGGACACUGAAACAAAGGAGCCUCAAGCUGCAGAAUCUUUACUAGCGCUAUCAUUCAAAACCAAAAAAGGAUUAGUGUAACCAUCGAACUUUGCCUGCUCUAAAGACAAGAAGCUUACUCAAGUUAUGUCUUGUUACAUUUGUACGUACCACAGAAUACAAAAACACGGUACAGUUUUCAAAUAAUUAUACUACAGCACUGCCAUUGUAAAGAAGUGGGAUGAGGAAAAGGUUAAGUCCUCCUCACCUGUAGUCUGAGAUCUCUCAGGAAAACUUACUGUAUCAAGUGCUAUUACACUGUCUACUAUUAAACUUUUUUGAGACUUCUCAAUACAGAAGGUGUAUAUUUUGUGUA